AUGGAAGAAAUUCUUGAAAUUGUUCCAAAUACGAUAAAAUUCGAUUAUUAAAGUAGAGAAUAAACCAUCUCCAUCUAAAAUUUGACCCUUCAUUAUAUUCAAGUUAGAAUUGUUUCCCCAAAUCCUACUUUAUUUGCUAUAAUUCCUAAUAUUUUUUCAAUAGAACCUUGUACAACUACAGAUGUGGUUGUCAAAUUAAAUUUAGAUUUUAAAAUGAACUUUUACUCACUUAUUAUGAACAGAAAGUUAACUAUUUUUUAUUAUGAUGUUGACGAUGUUGAAGAGUUGGGUAAAAAUGAUAUGGAUUGGCAAAAAUUACCUUUUAAUUUUUUGGGGAGAAGUGAAAUUAAUGUUGACUAUAAUACCAACAGUGACAAAUAUCAAAUACUCAAGACGGAGAAGUCAAAAAAAUUUAUGGAAAGUGUUUAAAUAUUUUAAGCUUUGUUUAUAAAAUAAAAAAAUAUAUCUUUGAAUGAUGAAUACAAAAAGAUUUUAAUUGAUAAAUAUCUAGAAUUGCAUAACAAAUAUCAAACCUAUAAAAUAAUGGAAGAUAGCAUAAUUUUUAUAGGUAAUAAUUUAGAUUUUGAAAACGAAAUCUAUUGUAUUGAAAAUCAAUCUUAAAUUUAUUAUGUUUCCUCAUACAAACCAACCUAUUUAUAUAAUGCUUUUCCAUAACAUCCAAUUGAACCCCUAAGCCCAUAAAGCCAAAGAAAGAAAAGCUCAUAAUAACCUCUACAACUAUAAGAACCAAUAAAAUUACUCAAAACCGAAAGUGAGUAAAUCAAUCAACAUUCCUUAAUUGAUUUAUCUCCGGUCAAGUAAUUUUUUUCUGUAUUCACAUCGUCCAAACAAAAACACGACGAGACCAGCGAGUAAUAAGCUUAGGUGGAAUAACCAAUUAUUUAGCCCUAACUUAUCGAUCAAUAAAAAAUCUAGUAAUAAUAAUAAUAUGAAAUUAGGGAUUAAUAAUAAGUAGUAAGAUAAAAUGAUACAAAAACUAUAUAAGAGGAUAAGUAAUUGUAAUAAUAAUAGCAAUAAUAAUAACAAUAAUAAUAGCAAUAAUAAUAACAAUCACAAUAGUAAUAAUAACAAUAACAAUAGUAGUAAUAACAAUAAUAAUAGUAGUAAUAAUAAUAGCAAUAAUAGUAAUAAUAAUAAUAAUCAUCAAAACAACAACCUUAAUAAGCAAAGGUUUAAUAAAAGUUUUACAAUCAAGAGGCAAGUGUACCUGAAUCAAAUAGAAUAAAUAAAAGAUUACUUAAUGAUUAAAGUACAAAUAAUGGAUAAAAGACUGAAUAAAAGGCAUUGUCUAUAGAUGGGAGGAGAAGUCUGUAGAUAAUUGAUUAAAAGAAUUAGUAGAGAUUAAAUGAAACUGCUGAUUUGUCAUGGGAUCAAAAGGCCAAAAUUUAAUAACAAUAAAUGACUGCUCCUCCUGUAGAAUUCAAGGGAAUAGAUAAUAUUUAGAAUUAAUAAGCAUGCUACAAAAUCAAUGAAUUAGCUUAGCUAAAGACCUAUCAGCAAAUCACUGAUGUUUUACUCUUCAGAGAUGGCAAAUAUUUAAUAACAGUCGGUGAAAAGAAUGAUAUAAAAGUCUGGCAACUAUCCAUUAGAGGUCUUGUUGGAACGAUAAAGGAGCUUGAGAAUAAAAAGGAGAGAAAGAUUUUACUCAUAAAAGAAUGGAGGUAUGUAGAUCCAUCUGCUGAUGAGAAUUAUGAGUUUGAGUUGAAGGAUCCUAAGAAUGAAGGCAAAAGUUAAGAAUUAUUCACUCCAUACGAGACUGCUUAUAGAUUUGUUACUGGUUCAGAAGAUUAGAUUUUCAGGAUAUUUAAUUUGACAACUAUGACUUUGGAACAAUCAUUCAAUUCUAGAUUAUAGAUACCAACAGCAAUCACAUUUAUGCCCGAUAGAGGACUAUUCUGUAUAGGUGGUUAACCAUAUAAAACAAUAUUUGGAUAAAUCAGAAAAUAUAGAUCAAUUAGAUUCUUUUUGAUGAAGAAUUUAUAGGAGAAGCCAAAAUAUAAGAUAUUUUGUAAGUCAGAAGACGAAUAUCUAAGUCAGGUCAUCUAUAGUGAAAAUCCUAUCAACAUCCAAAAAGAGUAAUACCAUGCAAGAAUUAAUAAUAUAUUAGCAAUACAAAUCAUCAGAAGAAAUAGCUAAGGAAAGUAGAUUCUCCAAAGCGAUAGAAUUUUGUUUGUAUUUAUGGAUAGAAUGAAUUAAUGUACAGUUUUAUUGACAUUGGAAUGUGAAUCACUUAAAAUAAGAGGAAUUAAUGAUUUGAAAUAUCUAUACAAAGAAGGUGUUUUUGCUGUUAUUGAGGCUAAUGAUGUGGUUAGCGCAAAAAACACAAAAGUAGAGUAGAAUACUUAAAGAGUGGUUUUAAUAAAUUUAAAAUAAUUAUAAACCUCGCAGGGAAGAGAAAGUGGAAUAGAAUGCAAUUUAAUCUAAGAGUAAAGAUCUAAAUUAUCUGUAUAAAUCCUAGUAAAUCCUAUUUUGUUGGUCAUUCCAUAACCAAAGCAGAUCAUAUUUUAGAAUUUUAAUGGAGAAGACUAGAUUAUUCAUCCCUUAGAAAUUAAAGAUUCUAAGUAGUAGCUUAAUUUUAAUUAUCUAAAUACUCUAAAUAAUUAUGUAAUAUCAAUAGUAGAUGAUAUAAUUUAAGUUAUAUCAAUUAUUUGA